UCUAAUGUAGCGUCCCUUAAGACAGUUUGUGGUCUCUUGUCGUUUGUUUUGCAAAAACACUUCGAAUUUGUUCGGGUUUAUUCCUAUUUUAAAUCGCGUUUAAUUGCUUCUUCGCGUUGAAGUAUAAAAACUACCACACUCGUGGAUUUAGUCCUUGGUGUCCAUAAAUUUCAUCCCAAAAUGGGAAUGUUUACUGAGAGUCCUCUGUUUGAUGAUCCCAGCCUACCGACAGGUUGGUAUAGAAAAGUUGUCCAGCGUCAGACAGGAGCAACAGCAGGGCAAUGGGAUGUUUAUGUAUACAACCCUGAAGGGAAGAAGUUCCGUUCUCGUAAUGAACUACGGUCCCAUUUCAUCCAAAUUGGGUCUACCAUGAACUCUGAAGAUUUUGACUUUUCAGUUAAAGGGAAAGGUCAUCAUAAUAAAGGUAAGAGUCCUACCAAAAAGAGUGAAGCUGAAAAUAGCAAAGAAAAUCAGGUUACCAAAAAAAGCAUCACACCUGUCGGUAGAAAAAGUAAUACAUCUAAACCCAAUGUCACACCUAUUGAGAGACCAAAAAGAGAGUUAAGGAAACGUUUGCAUAGUAAACCUGAAGAAGAGUCAACUCCAAAGCAAGAAGAGGUAGACGUUCAUGAGGAAAUGGAAGAGAAAGAAGAGGUGAGCAAUGUAAAGUUGAAAGUAAAAGUGGGCUAUACGGCCACCGGAGCAAUGAUUCGGCCUUCGACGAAUGGUAGCCGGAAAAAGAAACGAAGAUUUAGAAACAUGCACGUAAAAAGGAAAAAAACUGACACGAAAACCGUUUCGAAGCCACCUGUAUCUUCUGCCAAGCGAGUCAGCCCUAUUGCAACAGUAGUUGUAAACGACGUUACGAAAGAGGAAUAUAAAAGUAUCGUGAGCCCAAGAACGAGAUUAACAAGUCAAAGAAAUAGAAAAGAUAAAGCGACAGAACCAGUGGCUGGCCCGUCCGGCUUGCAGAAAGUUAAGCGAAGUCCUCGUCGUAUUCUAAAGCGGAAAAUUGGAGGAGCUGUAGCAGUAGGUGAAGGUGCGAAUGAUUCCGAAGAGGACGAUGAUGAAGAUUUGGAUUAUGUGUGCAGUCUAUAUCCAAACAAACCAACUAUUGAUGUUGAAGACGCCGACAUGGAGACCGGUGUACCUGAACCAGCUGAAGAGGCUUGCGACCCGCUACAGAUCAACGAGGAAGACGUAAGAGCUGCAAACUGUGAAGCCAACCACACUGAGGAACUUCAUCCAUGUCUUCAAUCCUAUAGUGAACCGCCAGUGUCUGCUAACUGUGUCCCCGAGGCCAUUCUUUUUGCCUCAGCAGAAACGGACCCUGUAGAAACGACUAGCGCAGACACAAUUGCCCAGUCCAACGAAACUGAAGCUACCGACGAUCAUAUGCAAGUAGUCGUGAUUGGUGAUACGGUAGAUGUGCAUAAUUAUGCCAAACCUCACUCGCAGUAACCACAAAAUUUUCAGAAUUCUUUUAAAGCUGUGCAUUAGAAACACAGAUGUUUUAAUGACAACCAGGUUGAUUUUCAAGGACUUUCAUAUCUUCAUUCAUGUCACAGAAUCUGUGUUCACCUUCUCCCGUUUAUAUGACUUGACAUUUUAUUUUUUAUUUUUUUUUUACCUCUCGAUACAUUCUUGUCAGCCUUCCUUAAGUGUGGGAACACAAAUAAUAAUCUUUCUAACGAGUUUUCCAAAUAGCCCGACAAAAGACUUGUAUCCUCAUUCGCGUUUUUUUUCCUGUUAUGUACGCUAUCCAUUUUACAUUUUUU